AUGAGCCGUGUAUAUGCCAUCCUGUUGGUCGUUCUUGUAGCUUUGUGCCAAAUCAUCGCUGCACAAUCCGAGAAGAUCCCCGUGGGAGACCUCUCAUCUGCAGAGAUCGAGGAACAGAUCCAGCAAUGUCCAUUGGUCCAGACUCUCAAUGCACACAAGGCAUCUACUGCCCAUGAGGCCGCUACAGGCUUUACAGCCAGAGCAUUCGCCGUCUUGUUCCCCGGCUCUCCUGCUGUCAACACACUCCUGAGCGUUCUUUACAUUUCUGGACCUCCCAACUUCUUGCUGGCUCUGUGCCCCUCAGAUAUUGACCCAGCAUCCUUGAACACCAUGGUUGCCUUUGCCUUCGGUGGUCUAAUGGGAGACACUCUUUUCCAUCUCCUUCCCGAGAUCUUCGUUGGCGAGGACAGUCCUGAGCAUGUCACUCUGGUUGUCGCCGAUGGCAACAAGAACAUCUUGCUCGGCAUUGCUAUCAUGGUGGGAUUCGUCAGUUUUGUCAUCCUCGACAAGGCUAUCCGUAUUGCCUCUGGAGGUGACGAAGGUCACGGUCACUCUCACGGUCACGCUCAUGGCAAGAUCGAGGGCGGCGAAAAGGCAGCUGCGUCAGCCAAAGCAUCUGGUUCCGAGAAGGAUCAAACCGAAGGCCUGCGUCAACGCAACGGCGAGAAGGCAUCUGUCGUACCUGUUGAACAACAGCAGGAAAGUGGUCCCAGCUCCAACAGAGGUUACCUUAACAUUAUUGCCGAUUUCACUCACAACAUCACUGAUGGUCUUGCCAUGGCAUCCUCAUUCUAUGCUUCUCCUACUGUCGGAGCAUUGACAACCACUGCCGUCUUUUUCCACGAGGUCCCUCACGAGGUCGGCGAUUUCGCUCUCCUGAUCCAAUCCGGCUUCUCCAAGCGCGCAGCAAUCGGAGCACAAUUCCUGACCGCUGCAGGUGCCCUGACCGGUGCACUGAUGGGCAUCGCAGUUCAAGAGUACGGCGGCAAUGCAGCCGAUGCUAUUUCCACUCCUGGACUCUUCGGUACCAGUCUUCACUGGGGUGACCUUUUGUUGCCUUGGACUGCCGGCACAUUCAUGUUUGUAGGCAUGAGCGUUGUGCCUGAACUCAUGGAGACUGGACCUAACAAGGUUGCCGAGGUCAAGAAGAUUGUCACCCAGUUGGUGGCUAUUGCUGCUGGAGCUGGUAUCAUGAUUGCCAUCUCGUGGUCGUAA